CAUUGUUUUCUCAUUUCCUGGUUUGUGAGUCAACUGUUCAGAUAUGCCUGCGUGUCAUUCAAAGCUGGUGAAGGACGACCUUUCUUGCAGUCAAGACGGUGAGCAAAGUUAUUGGUUUGACUUGAGCCAUCUGCCCAAGAAAGGCCAAUCAUUCAGAGGGGUUGCCAUUGAAACUGUAAAUGGUAAAGAUUGUCCAGUCUUGCUCUUUGAACCAACAACAGACAAGAUCCGAACACCAACAACUCGGGAUGUAGCAGUUGCUCUAAGACUUGCUGAUGAGAACACGCGGCCAAAAUUUGAAUUUAUAACAAUUGCGGAACCUCAUCCGUUUGCUGGUCGCCACUACAACCGAUACUCUCCAUCUUGGAUAAAAGGGACUCGUUUUGGCAACAUCCUAUACAAAGCAGAUGUUGAGAUGAAGAUCUUAAAACAUCGCAUGAGAAAGGAUGGUGACCGCUUUGUCUCAAGUGACUUGGUCUACCCAGGACUAAAAGGACCACAACAAUUUCCCUAUCUUUAUGCUGGCUCAUCGCCCAUUUACCUCACAUGCCGCUCAGUCAACGUAUCCAAGACAAGUCGCUACUGUCUGUUUAUGGGCAAACCUGAAAUGCGAAUCACCUUGGAUAGUAACCCGAGAUACUCAGACUACAUCUCGUCCCUUUAUGACGUGCUUGGGCAUGAGGAUGCUCCUGCUUUGUUGAAUGUACGGGAGCUUCCCAAAUUGGUGAUUGCUGCUGAGUGGCUGAAAGAGAAAGGAUUUAGAAUAAAUGAAGACUGGCUAAUGGCAAUGACUCAGCCAGCUAAACAGUCAGCUUCAAAUGUUGCUACUGCAGGAAAUGAACAGUUUGAUAUCAAUGCUGAUGAUUUUGUGGCUCGACUACCUAAAGCUUUUGAAGAUUCAAGUGUAUCAGUCAAGGUACUCCCUAACGGCGUGACUCUUGAUAUGACUGUCAAUGAACCAGACACCAAAGAAGACGGCACAGAAAGCAAGCAAGUAAAAUAUUCAAUGACAGCAUCCACGUGUGACUAUGACUUGCUGUUUGAUGGAAUAUCUGUCAAAACACCAGUUACUGGUAAUGUUGUUCCUGAUGAAGACACUUGGUCUGAUCUUUAUGCAGCAACUAUUACACCCUUCUGGUCAAUGGAGUAUGAUGAAAGUGACAAGCAGGUUAGUUCCACGAGUUGGGGAGGAUGCAGCCUGAAGUCAAUGGAAACAAAAACAUGCAGUGUAAAACGACCUAAAUCUACUGCAUUUGAGUCAACACCAGUAGCUGGUGGAAGUCAUCUAUCAUACAGGAAUGGCUGCAUUGGAUCCGUCGGCAUAUCAUCAGCAUCAGCUAAAGCUUCAGUGGAUGUUGAAAUGACUGACUUAUUUGCCACCAAAAAGGCUCAAUCAAAAGACCACCCGAGAUGGGAGGGACGGAAUUCAGGCAGUAGAAAUGGGACAAAAUCUCGUCUACUUGGUGCUACAGACACUGUAACAGGUGUGGGUGACAUUUGCAAUGAAAAUGGCGAUACUGUCGUUGACACUCGGGAAAUCUACUGUAGAAUGGAUGCUAAGGUAUACAAAAAUGGUCAAGAAGUAGAGCGUCUUGUCCCGGUAAUAGGGAAGUUGGGUCUCCAUAAGCCAUCACUAAUGUUGCAAAAGAAGGUUGCACUACCUCAAAAUCUUGUAUCUGAACUCAAAGAUACGUUCAAGUGCAAAGUGUGCAACAAAACGAUGUCAUCACCGGCGGUUGCAGCUUCAUGUUGUGGCUCUAUCCUUGGCUGUAAAGCUUGUCUUGAUGAAUAUUACAGACACGGCAACCACAACAAGCACUGCAUCUCUUGCAACGACUCAACAGGAUACGAGAAAACAUUCUGUCUCCGCGGUAUUGACGACAUUCUACGAGCACUAGGAAACGGUACAACUUGUGUCGAUUCUGCUGUCUUUGCAGAAACCUUGAAGUGCACAGUAUGCCACAGUUCGCCAUUCAGCUCACGGCCAGCUGUAUGCAUAAGCUGUGGCUGCAUAGUUGGCUGUAGUGAUUGCAUCAAAACAUGGCAUCAGACGAAAGAUCAAUGCCCACUUUGUGACAACAACGAUGCAAAGGCCAGCACCAUUCGAUUAGCUGCAAUGGGAUCUGUUCUGAACCAACUUGAGCAGUUCUUUAAUGCUGUUGAACUCAGGUCUCCGUAAAAGACUGUGUUCCCAACAGUUGCUGGUUGCCUUAGUGUGGCAAUGAUGUCCACUGUAUGUAUUGUAUACUCUUUAUUUACUCUGUAAGUCGGAUAGAUGUAAUCUGUAAGUUCGAUUUGGUCAUAUAAUCAACAUGUUAUGAAAUACAA